UCUGGCCUAUGCAUUUGGCCUUCAGUACACUCUGCUAGUGCACGCCAAAUAAAUGGAUGUGAGAAUUAUCCUCUCGGCUACUACUCUUAACAUUUCCAACGAGGAGGAUGGAAUUGCCUCGUUCGCCCAAGCGGCGACACAUUCUUUCGUCCAUCAACCAGACAGAAGCAAAUGGCGACGAUGAGGGGCUGAGACGCUUUAAGCCCGACCGUAUCAUGUCCCCCGACAUUUCUACUCCGCGAACCGACGAUGUUCCUGCGAAGCACGACGACGCGCUCAAACAGGAAGCAUCCGACUUAAUGGGCAGCGACACAAGAGCGCCCAGGACGACCAAGUUCCGCUUCAAGUCCGAGCCGUCCAGGUCGUCGCGACGGCGCGAGCGAGGCCAAGAUGACAACGACGACCGCCGGCACAAAUCUCGAUCGCCAUCCCGAGACCGAGACAGACACGA